AUGCAACGAAGCCUGGUGUCGCCGCUCAUGCGGCUGGUCCUGCGGCCUGCACCUAUUCCAUUCCAGCGACUUGAGGCGGCCGUGCCUGCGAUGUCCCGCCCAACCCUGUCGGUCGGAUUCGCCAUCCAGCGCGCGUUUUCUGCCACACCCGCUCCGAACGCAACACUGAACCAAGUUUUAAGGGGCUGCCGGAAACCACAACGGGCGCGUCACGCCGUGUCGCCGGCACUGUCGGAAAAGCAGGCGCCAAUGAUGAAAGGCGUAUGCCUUAAGGUCGGCAUCACUCGGCCCAAGAAGCCGAACUCGGGCGAGCGCAAAACCGCACGUGUACGGCUAUCCAACGGCCGCAUGAUCACGGCAUACAUUCCCGGCGAAGGCCACAACAUCCAGCAGCACAGUGUAGUGCUAGUUCGAGGAGGUCGCAGUCAAGAUUGUCCUGGUGUGCGUUACCACUUGAUUCGUGGCGCUCUGGAUUUGGGUGGUGUGUCGCACCGUAUGACAAGCCGGAGCAAGUACGGUACAAAGAAGCCCAAGACAGCCUCGGUGGGCUAG